AGCGCCCGAGCCAGGCUGUGCCCCAGUUUGUGUCCAAUCAGAGAGUGAAGUGCGUGCACCGAGUGGGGCGGCAAUGCGUAAACAAGCCCCGGGAAACUCCUCCGCCCCCCGCUCUCCCCUCCGCGCCGCUCCCACCCGCUCCCCGCGCCGCUCCGCAGCCUCCCCCGCCGCCCGCCAACAACUCCGGCGAGGCGCGCGCUCCCGCCACCCAACCGCCUCAACCGCCCUCCCCUCCCCCCCGCCCGCCCGCCCGCCCAGCCGGCGCCGCCCGCGCUGCCACACGCACCCCACUCCCGCACACGCCCGCGGGUGCCCGCGGCCUCUCGAGGGGGAAGCACAAGGAACUGAUCAAAACUCCAGGUAGAAGAUAAAUUUCAGAAUAAGAAGAAACUUGCAUACACUGGAAAAAUCACAGAAGGAUUGUGGAGAAGAAUCUAGAGUACAAGUUCUGGUAGGAAAAUGACUCGCCUGGCACAGGAGCAGGAGUUACGAGCCAUGUCCCCGUGAGACCUCCAGAAUUAGGAGCAAAUGCCUGGAGAAGCCCCGCCGCACAGAGCAGCGCUGCAGCUCUUGUGAACCGCGGGCAUCGACACCUCUCGGACUUGCUCCUCUGGCCCCGAGCACUCUGCCAGCAUUUCCCGCCCCACGAAUGGCUACUCAGAGGAAGCACUUGGUGAAAGAUUUCAAUCCUCAUAUCACCUGCUACAUCUGUAAAGGCUAUCUCAUCAAGCCAACUACAGUAACCGAGUGCCUCCAUACCUUUUGUAAGACUUGUAUUGUUCAACACUUUGAAGACAGCAAUGACUGCCCCAGGUGUGGCAACCAAGUGCAUGAGACCAAUCCACUAGAAAUGUUAAGGCUGGACAACACCUUAGAGGAAAUUAUAUUUAAGCUGGUGCCUGGACUUCGAGAACAGGAACUGCAGCGAGAGAUCGAAUUUUGGAAGAAAAACAAACCUCAAGAAAAUGGACAAGAUGAAAGCCCAAAAGCUGAUAAACCCAAAGUAGAUGAGGAGUGUGAUGAAAAUGAAGAAGAUAAAGACUAUCACAGGAGUGACCCACAGAUUGCUAUUUGCCUCGACUGUUUGCGCAACAAUGGGCAGUCAGGAGAUAAUGUAGUCAAAGGUUUAAUGAAGAAAUUUAUCCGCUGUUCUACUCGAGUGACUGUGGGAACUAUCAAAAAGUUUCUCAGCUUAAAAUUAAAACUUCCAAGUUCUUAUGAGCUGGAUGUACUAUGCAAUGGAGAAAUCAUGGGGAAGGAUCAUACUAUGGAAUUCAUCUAUAUGACAAGAUGGAGACUAAGAGGCGAAAACUUUCGGUGUCAGAACUGCUCAUCUUCGCAAGUCUGCUCACAGGAUGGCACUUUUUAUCAGUCUUACCCUAUGGUACUUCAGUAUCGACCUAGAAUUGACUUCGGUUAGACCAAAGGGCCAGAUCCCACUGAGAUGAAUCCUGCACUAUUUGUUUACCCAUCGACAGAUUGCACAAUGAAUGGAUGUGCCUGGAUUAGGGGGACACAACCAGAUUUUCAGCAUGCAAAUAAGGACAUUGUCUUUCUUAAAAUUGUCAGUUGCAUCUCUGUUGUUUUGAUUAGAGCAAGCCAAGUGCCAUUCUGCUACUGAAAUGUGCAUAAGAUAUUCGUGUAUCUUACGAGUGUGCUGCAAAUCAUAGCCAAAAUCAUGAAGUGUACAGUCAAGAUUCAAAAACUAUGGGAUAAUUUUGUUUGCGUGUUAGAAAAUUUUUCUGGUCCCAAUAUUGAUUACACUAGCAAAAUGGCAGAGUGCUCAUUCCAUGUGGUGUUGCAGUUUCACACACUUACUAUUUUACUGAAUAUUGUUGUUUAAAUCAUAGAGUACUGUACAAAUCACUAAGGAUUAUACCUUGAAAAUAUUUUGUAUAGAAAAUAUAUUUAGAAAAGUGGUGAUAGGGCCACUACCUUUUUCUUGAUAAGCUUCUCAUGGGUCCAGGUAUAGCUCACUCAUGAGUGUGCAACAGUCCUUUUGCAGUGAAUGAAGAUUAAUUACCCUUAACAAGAGAUGUAGAACAUGGUAAUUCAAAACAGUAAUUUUAAAUCUUCUAAAUAGAUUCUGCUAAUGUUGCUUAAAAGCAUCGCAGCCUUUGUGAUUGCACUUUUCUAUGGUUUCCCUGAAGAUUGGAAUUUGGGAUACUAGCUAUUUUUGGAAAACGGCUUCUGGUCAGAUUACAUUUCUUCUAAUAAAGCUUCCAUAAAAAUGAAGUUAAAAAUAAUGUAAAUGUCUAUGGACAAAUAAAUUUCGCUAUAAGAUUACAACCAAGGCAAAAUUCUACAUAAUUACUGCCUUUCAUAGUAAGCAUUUCCUUUUAAGAUUGGUUGGAGGUAUAUAAUAUGCUAAGAAAAAAGUAAUAUGUAGCUUUAAUUACAUUAUAUAUCUCUUGUGACUAUCUGGAGUUUAGAAUUCAUUACAGAAAUUUUCAUUAGUUAAAGUCACAUCAUAAAACUAUUUCCAUAAAAUUAGAGGUAAUGCAAUACUGAAGAUAAGCAGUCUGACCAAAAUAAUUGUUCGGGUCUUUUUUUUUUUUUUUUCCUAAGACCUGGUAGUGCUGGAUAAAAAGUGAUUGUUGCCUUAGGUAUUGCAAGCGUAAUGGUUCUAGUGUAGAAUGUUUAUUAGGGUUUCUGGUAAUGUUGCAGGGAGCAUAGUAAUGCAUAUGUUUUCUGUAGUCUUCCGUUGUCUUUGUUCUGCUUAAAAGUCAGUUGAGUUUUUCACUUCAAAUUCUGUAGAGAUACUUACAGUUCAGUACCUUUAUGUAAUUUCUACUUAAUACAUGCCUGCUAGUAUUGUAGAUAACUUUACUUUCUUAUGCUUUUUGCAUACAGCAAAAAGGAACCAAAUCAAUUCUUCAGAAGCUACUAUAGAGUGAACUAAUCAUUCUUAGAUAAGACAAAGUGAAAAUUCUAUCUUGGGAUCAAGUAUAAAAGAUAGAUGCAAGGCUGUAACUCCUUUGUAAAUUUAUGUUCAUGUACAUUAGUGUGUUUCUGUAGGAGAAAUAAGCAUGUUGUGGAUUAAAUCUGGCCCCUUUAAUGUUAGUAGGAGUUCUAACAGUGAUGACUUGAGGAAUCCAUAUAUAGUUGGGUUGAAUUCUACCAUUGCACUCCAAAGCCCAUAUGACAUGCAGAAAUAAAGAUGCUGUCAGUAGCAGUCUGUUUAGGAAACCUGCCAUUGCAGGUCCAGGUUGCACAUAUUGUGCAGAUGCCAGUGAACCUGGGGAAGAAAAACGUUUAGGAAGCUGCUGCUCCUGUCUGCAGGCAUAGUGUGCUGACUGCUCUAGGCGCUGGUUUGCCCACACUGUAGAUGGGAAGGGGUGCACAUGCUGGCUGCAGGAAGCGGUCGUCUUUUUGCCCACCCAGUCUAUGAUGUGCUACUUGACAGAAACAAGAAGAUACUCCGUGUAGGGAGGGCCCUUCUCCUCUGCAGAGUCUCUAGGGAAAGAUAGAUUCUUUGUGUAUAUAGAGGUCCUCCUCAUGGAGCAGCUUGAAAGAGCACAGCAUGCAUUCUAAUUGCAAAUCAUUCUUCUCUUUAGUAUAUACAGUCAUUUUGUACAGUAGGAAUAGGGUAUUAUUUGUAAAUAUUUACAUGCACAUACAGAUGACACCUUACAGUUUUUAUAUAUUUCACGUGGUUUUAUACCAGAAUUUUCACGGUAGAUUAACUUGACAUAAAACACCUGUUUCAGUUUAUCACAAAACUAAUGGUAGUACACUUAAGCAUAAUUUCUGCUUGGUUCAGGGGACAAUUUUUUUCUCAACAAUUGUGCUUGCUGUUUUGACAAAUUUGAACAGAUUUGUUUUAAAAGGAAAAGAGCACAUUAUUUUAAAUCCAUUUAAAGUUAUCUUACACAGAAGUUUGCAUCCACGUAACAGGAACGCUGAAACAGGACUACUUUGUAUUGGCUUCUGAAUGGCAACUAAUAGAAGAUUUGACUGUUUGUUGUGGUUUAACCCCAGCUGGCAGCUCAGCCCCACACAGCUGCUUGCUCACUCCCCCCUAGUGGGAUGGGGGAGAGAAUCAGAAGGGUAAAAGUGAGAAAACUUGCGGGUUGAGGUAAAGACAGUUUAGUAAGUAAAGCAAAAGCCGCGCACACAAGCAAAGCAAAACAAGGAACUCAUUCACUAUUUCCCAUGGGCAGGCAGGUGUUCAGCCAUCUCCAGGAAAGCAGGGCUCCACCAUGCGUAACAGUUGCUUGGGAAGACAAAUGCUGUCACUCCCAACAUCCCCCAUUCCUUCUUCCCCCAGCUUUAUAUGCUGAGCAUGAUGUCAUGUGGUCUGGGAUAUCCCUCUGGUCAGUUGGGGUCAGCUGUCCCAGCUGUGUCCCCUCCCAACUUCUUGUGCCCCCCCCAGCCUCCUCGCUGGUGGGGUGGGGUGAGAAGCAGAAAAGGGCUGGACUCUGUGUAAGCACUGCUCAGCAGUAACAAAAACAUCCCUGAAUUUCCAACACUGUUGUCAGCACAAAUCCAAGACAUAGCCCUGUGCUAGCUACUAUGAAGAAAAUUAACUCUACCCCAGCCAAACCCAGCACACUGUUUAAUGACUUUCUGCAUUCACACUUCAGAGAACCAUGAAUCCUCUUGUUCAGAAUUGGACAUUGGUUUAAUUCAUGGUAUUUUCUUGAUGCAACUUAAAGCUAGAUUACAGAAGGCAAAUCUUCAUUUUAAGCAUGGAAAAUACUGACACAUAUGAUUUAAUGUUCCCAGCUGAGAAUCAUGGCAUUAAAUGCAUAUGAUCUACCUACUCUUUAUGCAUUUCUGAUUCAACGGCAUGGUGCCCGAGUGCUGUUGUAGUUUAAUAGUUUUUGUAGCAGCGAAGUGCCAGUGAAGUACAUAUCUUAACUGGGCAGCUUGUAUAACACAGGCAUUGCCUUCUUUACAGGAAAUACCUCUCCUGUAUAGUACGUAUGUGCCAUGUGUCUACAGAUAUGCAUAUUUAAUUCAUUUGUGCCAAUUAAGAAUAUCUGAACAGCAUAAGAAUAUGAGAAUGCGUGUACGGAUUCCUGUGUGCCAAAGAUAGGGUAAAGUGAAAUGAGUACUUAAGCAUUCCAUUAAAACUGCACCAUAUGCCAUCCUAGAGCAGAUGACUCUAUACAGUCACACUUUCUGAGCAUUUCCAUGACAAAGUGUCACCACUGCAUGUUUGUAAAGAAAAGGAAUAUAAAAUGAGUGUUGCUGCCACUGUGUUUCUAUGGCUUUCCUGUAUCAGCAGCACCUAGCUGUGCAGGAACAAGACCUAAAAAAUUCCAUACUACUACCUAACCUUCCUGUCUCUUAUUUAGCACGUUUGGUGGGGGCUUUUUUUCCCCUAAAAGUGAAAAACUUCUGUCUGCUUUUAACUCUGGGGUAACUCAUUAAUGAGAGUCACAAGCAACUUUUUGCUGAGCAUAGCUGUAUGCUGCAUCCCUCUAGUAACAAACUGUAUAGCUGGAAUUUACAACCAAGAUCCUAUAAUAUCUUGAACAAUAUGGAAUUGGAUGAUUAAUGAAGAAAUGUAUCUUCCAUUAUGCAUUACUACACUGCUCACAGCUAAGGGCCUAGUCCUAUAAACGUAUUUUUAUUGGGGUGAAAUACCAAAUAAGAUUGCUACAGUAAUUAAGUGACUCAUCACUAUAGUAGGUACUGUUCACAUGAAAGCUUCUGGGAUUUGGGUCCUAGGAGUAUGCAAUGCUCUAAGUAUAUUGUGCAUACUCAGCUAGCUUACAGUUGUUAUGCAAAACAAAUUUAUAAAAAGUAUUAUUUUGACUGAAAAUGUUACAUAAAGCAAAGUGCCUGAUUAUUAAUACAGAAUACCUUUUAAGCCCAUUAUUUGCAUUUGGCAGGGUAGUAUUUGCUUCUGUAUUUUAUCUAUGGUCUUAAUAUUUUCAGCAAGAAUAUUUCAUAAACAUGCUGUAUUGAGAAAAUUUCUUUCAUGGGAAGCAAGCAGAAAAAGAAAUGUGUUCUGUUAGAUAAUUUAAAAGUGAAGAAAACUAUCUCAGAAACUAUAUGAAAAGAAUUGCUUUUAUAUUGAAAUUAUUUCAUUUUCUGCAUGAGGAACCCUUGAAUUCUGGAUCUUGGUCUUUUUUUCUCCGUAGGUUCCAGCAAUUUGACUUGACUUUUCUCUUCUGCAGUUAUCAAAAACAGUUCCAGUAUAUCUACAGGAGAAAAGAGAUUGAUCACAUUCCCCUUAGAUAUAAGCUGGGCUCUUGUUCUCUGCUGCAGACGAAGUAAUGGUCCAGAGUUUCAUCUCAUCUCUCCCAUAUGUAAUUGUUACACAUGACUUUGUGAGAGAAGUAAACAAUUUUUCCUUCUCUGCUGUUUUCUAAAAUAACACAAUAGGCCAGGGUUUAGUCCUUUAAUUGAACCAAUCACUGAGUUGUAUUGUUCCAUUUGUGGUUUUUUUAAAUUCUCAUAUCACUGAAGACACCAAGAGGCAUUCACUCCCCAGGAAAAAUAUUCUUGGGAGGACUUGCGACGAAAGGAAUAACAUCCAGCUCAGCCAGAUACUAUGUCUGGUAGAAAUACUAGAGAACAGACAGUUGCUCAAAGCCAGUCUUAAGUCUCAAAAUAAACAGAUUGAGCCCUGUUUAUAGAGGGGCUACAUAAAAUACUGGUCAAUUACAUGGACUGAUCAAACUCAUUUUUAUCCUGGAAAAGACCAAAGGCAGUUAAGACUUAUAUGCCUAUCCACAGCAAAUAUGUCAACAGAGACGCUUUAAUCAAGGGCUUGGUCCAUUUUUUUCACUUAACCUAGACAGGUUGAAGGCAUCUGUUUGCUUCCAUCAAAAAUGCAUAUAGCAUGCAGGAUAUUUCUGUCUCAUUUUACUUCAUGCUAUGUUAUUUUAUUAUUUAUGUCAGUUAAAAUGUCUAUUCAGGCACCCUCUGUCCUGUAAUUAAUUCUAGGUUCUUACACAUCUUUUGCCCAUUCCCAUACCCCACCCCAUUUCGUGCCCAACAAGUAGAAACAUUGAGGAGUUAUGGCACAUGAGGAAUCGGCUCAUAGGUUUCAUUCAUCAGGCAGCUUUCAUGGAUUUCAGCAAAAUUUUCACAGUUCUGAAUUUUGAAUCCUUUAUAGUCCGUUUGAACAAGGUAGUGCUUCCACAAGGUGUUCAGCUAAAGACACUUGUUUGAGGAAGGAUUGCAGUCUACUGGAGUGUGUUCCAGGAUGAAUUCUGAGACACAAGGGGGUUGAUUCACCCUAAAUGAAAUGUGAAAAGCUUCCAACUGCUCAUUUACCACUAGUUUUAUCACAUGUGGGUGGUCUGGCCUUCAGACCUCAGCUGAAACAUCCUUCUGUAGGAAUGUCCUCCAAAAGGUGAUCUUAUAAUGGUAAUUAUUUUUCUUCACAAGCAGAUCUACCUGUUGAAUUUUUUUUUAAACUACUAUCUACACUGUCUGUAGAUCAGAUUAAAACAUCAGAUUCCAGAACAGGAGAUUGAUUAAUUAAUGAAUUCCUGACAGAUUCUUCCAUCCAAGGUGUGUGCCAUAAUUCUUCUUCUGAAUUCAGGCAGCUUGCUACUACAGUUGAGUAAGGACGUUGUUUCAUUCUCUAGUAAGCAAUUUAGAUCCAUACAGUUCUGGAGUGAGGCCCCGAGACAGAGGAGCUCUACAGACAAGUGGAAAUGUCCAGGCUGCCUUUUGUACUUGCAGAAAGAGACCCAGUUCUGUAGGCUUGGGAUGGAGGAGACAUUCUGGAAUGAAAGGUGUCUACAAGUGGAAGUUUUUGUCCUUAAAUUAAUUUUAACCAAAGAGAGGCAUUAGUUUGACUUUGCAUGUUUAUCUGAACCAUUAGGCGCACUUUUCUUUGAAGUAACUUUUAUGUGUAUUUUUAGCAAAUGCUUCUGACAAGGUUAAUAAUGUGACAGUUGGCAGGAUGAGGUGAACAGAAGUAGUUACUGUGCGUUUUCCUUUUUCCUUAUGGUAGUGAGUGGAAAGCAAAGUAUGAGUUGAGAGUAGGUUGCUAUACAAUAUACAAAAUUGCUGCAACAGUAAAACGUUUGUGCUGCUAGUUGACAUACUGAGGUUUGUAUUACAAAUGAAGUUGUAAUAAAGAUGUUUAUUAUCAAGGUGCAAGGCAUAUAUUUUAUGAUGCUAUUCUACUCCUAAAAUUCUGUUUUGUAUUAUAUUGAGUAAGUAGACAUUGUUGCUGUUUUCUCAUGAAUUUUGAUGCGGUAAAAUGAAAGAUACUCCCUUUUUACUGAAAAAUACCAUAUACUAAUUGAUUUAAAAUUACUCUUUGUUGUCAGAUAUUUAGUUUGUUCAUAAAAAAAGUUUUUUAAAAUAAACUAUUUUUAUGGAUCCGAUUGCCUAAUAGUUUCAAGGGACCUAUUUAAUACCAAAGGUAAAGCCACCCAGAAACUGCCUUGGAAUAAGGCAUUGACACUUUUCUGGAGUGCAGUGGUGGAGAGUUACACCUGGAAUCAGUCAAGCAGAACUUAACUGGUGGUAGCUGUCUGUGUCACCAAGCUAAAGGGUUAGGCACACCCAGCAGUUUCCAAAACAAAAUAGAAAAGCAAAAGAACAACAGGAGUAGCAUAAAGCUUGAGUUAACAGACCUAGAGUAGCUCUUUGAGUCAUAGCUCAUGUUCCCAAUGAAAAGCACAAAGGCUUGCAUUACUGAUGUGUCUGCUAUACCUGGCCUGUGAACUAAUAAAAAACUUCAGCGUGCUGUCAAUCCUGUAAACCUUCCAAAGCACAAAAUAUUCACCAAGCUACUUUGGGGUUUUCUAGUUGUAGUUCAGUGAUAUUUUGGAGGGUGGAAAGGACAGACUUGGAGGAUAAUGAGAAGAUAUUAGGUAUGUUUUACAGAUUUUUAUAGAUAUUUUUUUAGCAAAAGGCAGUGCUAUCCUUGACAUGAGACCAUUGAUUAGCAAGAAGUCGAUUAUUUUACUUGUGCAGUAUAAAACAGAAAGAACAAAGAAAUCCAAAUAUCUUGAUUUCCUUUUCCAGGAUAGUGAUUAACUAAACUGGAAAGUACUAAGACAAUUUAAUUAUUUAGCUGACUGAAAUAUUUCAUUCUAAAAACUUACUGAUCCUAUUUUUUUUUCUUAAAUACAAGCUUCUUAGAAUAUACAUGAAGCAAUGCAUCAUUUUUUCCCUUAUUGCAGACUUAACUAUCGAAAAGAAAAUAUUUUGCGUUUUUUAAAAUUAAUGCAAAGCCUGAAUUGUCGGAUGUUCCAGGCUACCGAAUAGAUGAUAUAGAGUUACUCUCAAUGGAUUUUUUUUGGGAUGGGGGCCUAAGUGUCCUUAUAUAAGCUGUGAUCCAAGUUAUGAUAAGAAAGGAGCCUAUGGUGAGCAGUAAUAAUGUUCUAAUGCUUCCUUGCAUUUGAUCCGUAGUUACCAGUUUUUAAUAUAACAGCCCUCACAGUACUUAGGAGCUCAUAGAACAUAUUGUGACAUUACGUUGCUAAUUUGUUUUAAAAUAUAAAAUGUUUUAAGCUUUUUGUCAAAAGUGAUAACAUCAUAUUACAAAUAAACCUUUUUGUGGUUGUAAAAUUUAGCUUAUAAAUCAUUCAAAUUGAAGUGAAAAAAACACAGGUCAUUGUUAAUGACAGUCUAUCCUACUAUUAAGAAUAUAUGUAUUUUUGUAAAGGAAAAGCACUUGUAGAUAUUUAAUCAGUCCAAUAUCUAUCUAUGUUAAUGUUUUGGAAAAAAAAGAAAACAAAAUGCUGCUUAGAGGAUCACUUACAUAUUUUUAUUCUUUUUGCUCAAAUGCAUUUUCUGUUGAUUUAUGGAAUGUUUAUUCUGUGUGAAGCUGUAUAGUUAGUACAGCUGGGCUAAAUGCAUUUCUUACCUUAAUCAAUUGUAUCUGACUAUGAUAAUACAUUUUCUGUCUGAUCAGAAAUCUGAUUGCAAAACAUAGACUUGUGGUGCUGUUUUUCAUCUUUGAUAUUAGCUUCAUCCUGCCUUAUAACAUUUCUACUUCAUAAUAAUUCCAAAAAGUACUAAUAAUUUUUUGUGAUGUUUGUGUUUUAAUGGAUGUUUAACGGAUGUUUUACGUAUGUUUAGUUAUUCAGUUGUAUCUUAUACCUAUUGUUUAUACCUAUAAACAUUUAUAUGUUUAUAAGUGUUUAUACCUAUAAAUGUUUAUACCUAUAAACAUUUUUACAAAAUGGUGACAAAGGUUUACGUGCAGUAUUUAAAAAACAUUUUCGCAGAUGUAAAAGUCAAGUUUAAUACUUACUUUCCUCCAAAGGAAAGUACUGCUGGGUACAUGCAUAGAACAUGAUUAUAUCACUAAAGUUUCUGAGCAUUUGUACAAGUAGUAUUUUUUAAAUUCAGAAUAACUCAUUUCUUGUAAUAUUUUGUGGCUAUUUGAAACCUCAGUCUUAACUGUAUUUUGAUUCAACAUAGUGGAUUAACACAGUUUCAGGAAAAAAGACAAACAGUAAAGCAAAGAAUUUUAUUGAAGUACAACAAAGAGUGGCAACCACAUUUAUUUGUAAAAUCUAUUUACUUAUUUCAGUGGGAUUCUACAGGGGUAUACUCUGUGGGCCUGAUGCUGAGUUAAGCUCUUCAGCUUGACCUCAGUGGAGCUACUUUCUUUAAUUAUCCUUGUAGCUACAACUUGAAAUGACCCAGAGUUCCCACUUCCUCACUGAAUUUCCUUUCAUGGGUGGCUACUACUGUUUAAAUUUAAUCUUAUUGUAUUAACCUUCCCAUAAGUAAGUAAGUUUUGCAACACAGAGUGUGUACGCUAGCAGUAGAGUUCAGUGAUAUAAACUCAGCUGAGUAAACACUUGCAUAAUUGUCAAAUUGGGGGAAAAUUUCACUCAGACUAUGAACACUUGUAAUGGCACUGUCUCGUUAACACGCAUGCUUCACAAAGAUCUGCAAGUGAUUGGGUUUUGAUGUGGUUUAUUAUUUGAAUAUUGUUUGUUUUAAUUUUUGUUAAGAACUAAUUUCAGUAUGAAUUAAUUGGGGGUUAACAUCUCAGGGUCCACAAAGUAGCUUUUCAAAAGCUUAAAUCCAUUUGAGCUAUGAGUGCAAUACCAGUAUUGCAGUCUUGUAGCUUUUGAAGAACCAAAUAUGUUGUGUUGCGAAGUAUUUAAAAAGCACUGUAAAUUUCACCCAGUUCUACCAAAGGAAUGGGUUUUUUUAAUCUGUGCUAAAAUCCUUAGAAGCUGAGUGUGGCCCUGGAAGAAAAUGAGACACCUCUAACUGAGUUAGCACUAGUGAGUAAUUAGGUAAGGGAAGUGUUGGUACUAGAGGGGAGUUGGCAAAACCCCAUGGUCCUGCCUCUUGGUGUGCAGAGUGAAGCGUGCGCGUUCAAAGCUGCAUCUACAUAUGUAAGCAAGAUUUAUUUUAGAACAACAGCUCAUGCAAACCCUGUAAAUGGACCUUUUAGAAUCUUGCGUAUAAAUAUAUCUGAUAUGUAAUGAUAUUUCUAAUUAUGUAACUACCUGUAUGGCUCAGUACUGGUGAUGUUAAAUAGAGUGCUUCAUGCUAAUGUCAACAAUGUUCACAGCACCUUUAUAACGGCUGAUAACAAAUGACAAUUUGGUCUGACCUGUAUGCUGCAAGAUGCCUCUAGCCCAGUUGGAUUAAUUUUAUGAAAAAUCUAGAUGAGCAAGAAGUAUAACUAAUCUGCUUACUAGCACUGAAUUGCUCCUUUCUCAAAGCAAUAAAUAUAUUCAUGUUGUAACAUCUGUUGUGCAGCCUACAAUACGAGUUGUUUUGUUGCAUUGUUUCUAUAUAAUUUAUUUUGUGCAAUAAAAAAAUCUCUGGUUUUAUCUGA